GCGCGUUCACGAUACCGGCAUACUCGCUGCAUGAUGGCCGAGGGAGGCGGACCCGAGUCGGGUGGCGCGGCAGACUCCGACUCGGAGCCGGUAGCCGCACAGAUGCCAACCCCUUCAACCGAAAGUCAAAAACAGACUAUUGGGUCACUUUUGAAAACAACUCUAAGAAAGGGUGACGAAUGGUAUCUGAUAGACAGCAGGUGGUUCAAACAAUGGAAGAAGUAUGUGGGAUUUGACAGCUGGGACAUGUACAAUGUUGGAGAACGUAGCCUCUAUCCAGGACCAAUUGAUAACUCCGGUCUGUUCUCAGACCAGGAGACUCAGGCCCUGAAAGAGCACCUUAUUGAUGAGCUGGACUAUGUCCUUGUACCCAAUGAGGCAUGGAACAAGCUUGUCAGCUGGUAUGGCUGCCUUGAUUGCCAGAGACCCAUCGUCAGAAAGGUUGUCGAACAUGGCAUGUUUGUCAAGCACUGUAAGGUGGAGGUCUAUUUGCUGGAGCUGAACUUGUGUGAGAAUGACAACAUGGACAAUGUGGUCACACGUCAUUUCAGUAAAGCUGAUACUAUAGAUACUAUAGAGAAAGAGAUGAGGACACUGUUCAACAUCCCAUCAGAGAAGGAGACACGGCUCUGGAACAAAUACAUGAGCAACACCUAUGAGCAACUCAACAAGCCCGACAGCACCGUGCAGGAUGCUGGUCUCUUCCAGGGGCAGGUGCUUGUGAUUGAGCGAAAGAAUGAGGACGGCACGUGGCCCAGACAAGCCUCUCAUCCAAAAUCUAGUACAACCCCAUCUAGGAAUUUCACUACCUCCCCAAAACUCUCCUCCAACUCAACAGCCAGUAUCUCUUCAACAGUAACCAAUGGAGACAGCAGCUGUAGCCCUGGCUACACACUUAACAACAGCACCUCCUCUGGCAACAGAUUGGGGGGCUACAAUUCAUACAGCUCCUCCUACAACUACAGAGAGUCACAGUCGCAGCCUGGCCUAUGUGGUCUCAGCAAUUUGGGCAACACAUGCUUCAUGAACUCUGCCCUCCAGUGCCUGAGCAAUGCAUCCCCACUCACAGAGUACUUCUCCAAUGAUGAGUACGAGGUAGAGAUUAACCGAGAGAAUCCCCUGGGAAUGAGGGGAGAGAUUGCAGAAGCCUAUGCUGAUCUUGUGAAGCAGAUGUGGCUGAGCCGAAGCAGCUACGUGGCCCCACGUACCUUCAAAACCCAGGUCGGACGCUUUGCCCCCCAGUUUUCAGGCUACCAGCAGCAGGACUCUCAGGAGCUGUUGGCCUUCCUGCUGGACGGGCUCCACGAAGACCUGAACCGUGUCAAGAAGAAGCCUUAUCUGGCCCUGAGGGAUGCAGAGGGCCGACCAGACGAGAUUGUUGCCAAGGAAGCCUGGACGAACCACCGUUUGCGCAACGACUCUAUUAUCGUUGAUAUUUUCCACGGCCUCUUCAAAUCCACUUUGGUGUGCCCCGAGUGCUCCAAGGUGUCUGUAACCUUUGACCCAUUCUGCUACCUCACACUGCCUCUGCCCAUGAAGAAGGACCGUACUAUGGAGGUUUUCCUGGUGCGAUCAGACCCUCAGUCUAGACCCACACAGUAUCGAGUGGUGGUCCCUAAACUGGGUACAGUGACAGACCUGUGCAGCGCCUUGUCCAAACUCUGUGCAAUCCCUCCUGAACAUAUGGUGGUGGCUGACGUUUACAAUCACAGGUUCCACAAAAUCUAUAGACGGGAUGAUGGACUCAACCAAAUCAUGGAAAAAGAUGACAUCUUUGUGUACGAGGUACAGGAAGAGGACAGUGAGAGGAUGAACCUGCCUGUAUAUUUCAGGGAGCGCCACUCCAAACACGCUGGAAGUUCCACAAACACUAUGCUGUUUGGCCAGCCUUUACUCAUCACCGUGCCCAAACACAACCUCAUAGCAGACGUUCUUUAUGACAAGAUCCUCGAGAGGAUUGGACGCUAUGUAAAACAAUCCCAGAGCUCGAAUAGUGAAAGCAGGGCUUCGGCCUCGGCCUCAGCGACGGUUGCCAGCUGCAGCCAGGCUCCUGAAUGUUCCACAUCGUCUAAUCUCAAUGCCAGCCUGGGUGGCUGUGGCAGUCCCCUGUCAGACGGGGCCUCCUGCAGUGCCAGCUCCAGUAACGGCAGCAACCACUCAGGGACCUGCAAUGAAACUAAUGGGCUAUAUGAUGGUGAGGAGGAGGCCAUGGAACACCAGGUGAGUCCAGAGCCAGAGAAUGGCCAGUCCGAAGAGGAGGAAGAGGAGACAUCUGACUUGGAAAAUGGGUCUAAAGGAGACGCAGCCAAGCCGUGCUCAACGCCAGCCAAACUCUUCACUUUCAGCAUAGUCAACUCUUACGGAACUGCCAACAUAAGCCCACUGCCCUGCGAUGGAAAUGUCCUCAAACUCAAUCCACAUUCCACGGUGGCGAUCGACUGGGAUGCAGAGUUGAAGAAACUAUGUUAUGAUGAACAGGAAGCAGAGGCCUAUGAGAAGCACGAGAGCAUGCUGCAGCCCCAAAAAAAGAAAGCCACUGUGGCUCUGAGAGAAUGCAUCGAGCUCUUUACAACCAUGGAGACACUUGGAGAACAUGAUCCGUGGUAUUGUCCAACAUGUAAGAAACACCAACAGGCCACAAAGAAGUUUGACUUGUGGUCGCUGCCUCGCAUUCUGGUAGUUCACCUAAAGCGUUUUUCUUACAACCGGUGUUGGAGGGACAAACUGGACACAGUGGUGGACUUUCCCAUCAGGGAUCUGAACAUGUCCGAGUUUGUGUGCGACCCUAAGGCUGGCCCCUACGUAUAUGACCUUGUUGCCGUGUCAAACCACUAUGGAGGAAUGGGAGGAGGUCACUAUACAGCUUAUGGCAAGAAUAAAGUGGAUGGGAAGUGGUAUUACUUUGAUGACAGCAGUGUCUCCUCUGCCACAGAGGACCAGAUUGUGACUAAAGCAGCCUACGUGCUGUUCUAUCAGCGCAGAGACGAGGAAGCUCCCUCCAAACCUCAGCCUUCGGCCUCGAUGGGAGGAGCCCCGGAAGCAGCCGAUGACCACAUGGACACAAACUGAGGGACACACACUGAAACACAGACAGCAAAUAGAGACACUCGGACGCACACACAGCGCUACUUUAGUGACAGAGGACUCCACAGACUUAAUAUUAAUAACCUGAUCUUCCCCCACGUAUUUUAUUUGAUUUCUGUCUUGUAUGUUGUCAACUAGAGCCAACAGCCUUGUCAGAAGAAUGACCUGAGAGACUUUCUCCCUGCAGCGGGUGGCCUACUGAUUUCUGAACAUAGUUUACUAGUCUGGAACUAAGAGGAGUAUAAAUGGAUAAAGGUCCUCUCACUGGAUGAACAGAAUGUUAGAAGUGCCCUCAAAUGCGUAGAUAAAAAAAAAUGUCAGUCAGAAACAUGAAAAAGAAAAAAAAAAAAAAAAAGCCAAAUGCACAUGUUGUUUCAACCAAAGCGUUCCAAGGUAUUUAUGAUGAAAUGUACCAACUGUUAAGACCAUAGCAGGAUACUGGCAUUGUGCUUAGAUUUAUCUCUGAUAAUCUUGCUGUGCUGAGGAAAAUGCAAACUUUAACAGUGUGAUGUGCACACAGAACAAUACACACCAUGCUUAUUGAAAGAAUCCUGUCAUUUUAUUUCACCUGUGUAGAGUGGGUUGUCUUGCUGCUGCAGAUCAGCUGGCAGUUGUCCUGCGGCCUGCCGGGUCUGUGUUGCAAUCUAAACCACAGAGGAGGGGCAAGGCUCGUUUCAAAGUUUUAAAGCAGGAGUUAUGGCGAAAGCAGUUUUUUUUUUUUCUUCGACCUUGCUCUUGUUCAGCCUUCGUUUUUUUGUUCAUUGACGCACAGUACAGGCUCUGCUGUCUCUCGGGCCCUAAACUUAUGAGAGGAGUCUUACCCUGCAAACAACCCCCCCCCUCCUUUUUUUUAAAAAUCACAAUGCAAGAGCGGCCUUUUGAUUCCUGCAACCUGACUAAAAAGGAGGCACUUUGAAUUCUCCAUGAGUACAUUAUCUACCUGCUUCUGGUGUAUCUAGACUAGACAUGACAGAAUUGUGUGGUUCAGCCUUAGCAUUAAGGGUUAUGGGUCUGUCAUACACUUCUAGAUCAUUUUAAUGUGUCUUAUAAGCAUAUUUUGAUUGCUACCUGAUUGGACCCCUAGCUCACCUGCAAUGGCUUGUCCUUAUUAGUCUUGUACAUUAAUGCAGCUCUGUAUUGAAAUGGCUAUGUUAUUUGAUAUCUUCAAAGCACACGGAGUGACGCAAAAUAAACUAGUAUAAAAGUGGUGCUUUUAUUCCUGAAACUUGAACUUGCUCCUUGUCACAAGGAACAGUCUACAUGUCAUCAGGCGGGGUCAGGACUGCAGCACCUUAACAGCAUUCUCACUGAAUGCAGGCGCCAGUUAUUUUCCUUCCAUUGACCACUGUUCAGCUGUUAAGUAAAACACGAUAAUAAAUUGUCUCUGUUGGUA